GUGACGUGAUAACAUGAGCGACAGGUCAAGGCACAAUAAGUAUAUAUGUGUCCAUGUAAAACAUCAACUCUCGAUCUCAGUUUUGUUCGUGGCCAAAGGAAGAUGGCUCACAUAAACAUAGCUUGGUUGUAUUGCUGCUUCUAUGCAGUGACGAUUCUUAUACCUACAACGUUAUCCCUACCAUCCUCACAGGUCGAUAUUGACAACAUAGCAAACGACUUAGUUUUAGAAGUUUUUGUUGAGACGAACCAUCUGUCAACAGGAACUUACAACAUUACAUAUAAGUUGACUAAUGCAGGCACAGUCCAAAUUCUUCAAACAGAUGACUGGGAAAUUAUUUAUUCUAUGCAUAAUAGAGACAUUCUCACUAAAAGACAAUUUAUAGCUAAUGGGUUAGUGGUAAAACCAUACAAAGAAACUCUCUACAAAAUUACUCCCCAAGCUAAAAGAUGGCCGGGUCUUGCCUCAGGAGAGACGUCCUACAUCACAAUAACAGCCAAAGGCUUAUCAGUCUUCAGACAGGAUACACACCCACGGUUCAUCGUGAGUUCACAGAGUACAAUGCCGAAAACAAUACAGUCAACUGACGAUAUUACACUGGGUUUCGUGAAAUUAGACCCGAACAGUAAUAACGAUUACUCAAAGAUGUCUGGAAUCCAACGAACAAUGAUGAUACCGGAUGUAAUGGACAUGGACAGAGUCCCUGCAACCAUCGUUUGUCCACCGCCGCUUAAUAUAACCAUUGCUCCCGAGGUGCCGUUGUUGGAACUGGGCACUGUCACUAAAUUUCACGUCUGGGCCGACUCCAGUGUAAGCGAUGCUUUUAAGAAAUACUUCGAAGCUGUCUUUAGAACAAUUCCAACAACUACAGUACUUGAGUUUGUGAAUUCGGAGCCCCCAGCAAAUGUAGACAAGAUUUAUAUACAGCAGACUGGGCCAGACUCUAUGAAGUCUGAAGAUUACUAUGAGCUAGCUGUCCGACCAAAGACUGGGGGAAGAAACUUCAAUUUAAUACACAUGUCAGCCACUUCCGAAGCCGGUUUACACAAUGCCGUUGAAUCCCUCAUGUCCGCAACAGGUCUGUAUGAUAUAUUACCCGAUAUGACCAUUGUCGAUGACGCCAGGUUUGGACACCGUGCUCUUUCCCUUGACCUAACUAAAAAUUUCUUCUCGUAUGAAGUAAUUGAAAGGGUUUUGAAGCUGAUGAGCACCUACAAACUUAACAAACUGGAAAUGAAUCUUGGAAGUGAUUAUGCCUGGAGGCUAGAAGUAAAAGAUAUACCUGAACUUACUAAUUAUGCAUCUAAGAGAUGUCUUACAAACGACGCUAAUGAUUGUCUGCCACCAUAUUCAGGAGCUGGUGCACAGGCAGCACCGACUGCAUCUGGAUUCUAUACCGUAGAAGAGUUCGCAAGGAUUCUGAGAUAUGCUUAUUCUUUGCAUAUUGAUGUUAUACCCAGAUUCAACUUCCUUGGUGGUCUUUUGUCAGCCAAGCGAGCAACUAAACUACGAUUCGAUAACCUUGAGAGGACAGAUCGGCGCAGCGCAAACAAAGUGAACCUUGUUUCUAUAUUACCGAAAGCCGCUAAAAGAAACCAACCAGAAGAUGAAAUGACUAUUGAUGGUUUGCUAGACCCUUGCAGAACUCAGACAUUUACUUUCAUCAACACAGUAAUAAGCCAAGUCAACAGAAUUUACAGCAUGGCAUCAGUUCCAUUUAAAUCAUUCCAUGCCGGCGGUGAUGAGCUUACCCAGUUCCUCGGAGAAUUUCCAUCCUGUAAAAAAGCAAAAGUUAAAUCAACAGCUGAAGCUUUAUCAACGAUGAUUGGGGCCAUGCAAACGACACUCUCUUCUGUAAAUGCUGUCCUUCAUGUGAACGAAGAAGCGAUUACUGAUCCAUCAACUGGUGAUUGUCUCAAUAUCCCUCCCACUUCCAAAAUGUCACAAAGUAAUUUGGUUGCUCACUUCUACAAGACAUUUCCCGGAAGUCCAGAGGAAUGGGAUCUGAGCACGACCCAGCUAGCUUACAUGGAUGGCGCAGUAGCUCCGCCUCCUUCACCAGCUAAUCCUAAUGGCACAUAUGACGCUUUGUUGCCAUACAAUGGGCCCCAAAAAGGAUUGGCCUCAUGGAUUUUACCUUAUCGAUGUGCAAAUCGAGGUUACAAGAUUGUAUUGAAACCAGAGAACUUCUUCAGUCUUGACCAAGCGUAUGAAUUAGAUUUUGAUGAACCUGGUAACCGUAAGAAGAGACGUUUUCAUGUUAUCAACAUGCAUCGUAUGAUGAUGUAUGAGCCCUUAAACCACUACAUCAACAUGGACCUCGGCAAAGAUGGCUAUACUUUCCUACAGUACAGAAUGUGUAAAUUGUUCCCAUGCGAACCACUCAAGAAACCCGAAAACGUUUUAGGAUUAGCCGCAACUCUUGAUACAAGCGUGAUAAGGUCGGAACAGAUGCUAUGGCAUAUGAUGCUGCCAAGGUUAUUGGUUUUUGCUGAGAAAGCGUGGCGUGUAGGAGAACAUGAAAAUAUCCUCAAGGCAGAAGAUCCGAGUACAUUAGUAGUCGAAGAAAAUCUUGCCCAUCGAGCCGGUGCCAUAACUAUGGAAAUAGAGAAUCUGAUGAACAAUAUUGCUUUUAAAGAGGGUGGACGUUUGGACGAAGCCGGAUAUUCGUACAGAGUGCCGACACUGGGAGCAAGCAUACAGUUAGGAUUGGCAUUCAUGAGACUCCCUCCAUACCCAUUAAUGGUAAAAUCUGACAUACCUCGUGUCGAAGUGGAGUACAGAGAACUUACAGGUUCGGACCAGCAAUGGCGACCGCUUUUUAAUGUUGAUAGAAACACUGGUAGGAUAUCUGGAGGAUAUAUGUUCGAGUUUCCAUUAUCUAAUCAAAAGAUUGAAGUCCGCGCAAAAUCAGCUGGGGGAAGAAAUGGUGUAAAAAGACCCGGUAGAUCCACAAUUGUUGAAGGAAAAACAGAAUUUUACUUGCCAAAGGAAAUACCUGUUGAAAUUCGUGAAGGAACAUGUCUACCUAUAGAAGACGCAUGGACAACUGAUAUCGACAAUGUGACCACUUUACAAUGGAGAAGAGUGCUUCAGAACAGUGAACGCGUCUUGAAUGAUAGAAGUAACUUCAUGGUUGAACGUCAGCGUGUGUUAGAGCAAACUGUUGCAGACUACAACCAAAGAAAUCGCGCGAGAGGAAAUCGUGGAAGAGGAACUGUUGCAAACGUUGCUCUUCCAAUGGUGUUUGAAGAAAUCCAGCAAGCUAUGGAUAGGGGACAGAAUUUGUCUGCUUUACCAGCAUCAAACAUUUUGAGAGAUGUAUAUCAAAAAGACCAGGCUAUAUAUGAGCAAAGAAGGAGAUUGAUGGAAAAUCGAUACAGAAAUUGGCAACAAGACUAUCUCAAGUGUAAAGAAGGGCGAUCGCGUGUAACUCUUCUACCAGAGACGCCAUCUCUGGAUAUUGCCUUCCCUGGAACAGAUGGCAGAGGUGAUCGUGGCCAAACAGAUGGUAGAGGAAGAGGCCAGGGAAGGCAGACAGGAGGGCAGGGUAGACAGUUUGGUGGUCAGGGUAGACAGGCUGCAGGGAGAGGAAGUGCGGCAGGGGUACCAGGUGGCCUAAUGGCUGCUGGAGGAGCACGUGAUAUCCAGUCUGGUAUGGCAGGUCAGUCGCAAAUUCAGCCUGGAAGAGGUCAAAUGGUAGGACAGGGAAGGGGAAUGAGAGGAGGGGCUAGUAUUGCCAGUCAAAGACGUGGCCAAAGUCAAGGUCGAGGAGCUGGAAUCAGAGGCGGCGUGGCCGGCCGUUGAGAUACUUCGUAAUAAACACAUUCGAAACUGGAACUGAUGCAGUGUUUAUUCUGAAAAUAUAACACGUAAUUGUUAGUUACAUUAAAAAAAGGCAUGGGUACUCUACACUUCACAUGAACUUAACAACGGAUUUACAUUAUCAAAACAUUUCUACACAACUAUUUUAAAUAGAUUUCUUGCCAAUGCAGCUCAUUACAUUAGUAACAAAAACUAAGUAUGAACUCUAACACAAGUUGUUUGGCGUUUUGAGUCAAAUUUAAAUAUGAAUCUACAUUAUUGAAAUACCGUUCAUUUUAGUUGAUGACCUUGACAUAUCUGUGCUCUGUAGUUGCUAUUUGUUUAUUGAACGAGAAUGUUAUCCCUACUGUGUUAAUUAUUGUUCCAAACACUUCAAUCUAUAGUUUUUGUUCAAGACGAUUAGUGCAUAUGUGCUUUUAUUGUAAAUAUUAAACUGUUUUAACAAACAUCUUGCUCCACAAAUACUGGCGGUACUGUAAUAAAAUUGACAUAAAUUGUG